UCCCGGCAUUAAGGUAAGUAGCAUAAGCCAACCAUGCGCAGUAAGGCAAAUAUAAGUAAUGAGCGGUUGAGUCUAUUCCCCUUAGAUCCUUUGUAAUCUUAAUAACCGUACCUAACAAAGCAGUAAUGUUGAUUAAUCCUAAGACGGGUUUCUUAGCGCCAAAGAAUAACGGAGUCCAAAGCAUAUUUAAUCCGAAUUGUAUGUAUUGCAGUUGUAAGUUAUCCCUAGCUGCGUCACCGAUAAAUGGAGUGUUCACAUGGGAAGCUGUCAAAUGAGCAGCAUAACCCAUAGCACCGUAAAGGAAUGUCCAUACUAAUGGGAAGGCGAUCUUUGGUGGGUGUCCUGAUGGCUUCUUCAACCCAGCGAACCAUGUAUCCACUGAUGACUUGGUUAUGGCGCCAGAGAGUGAUCCUAAAGCAAUAGGUAAUCCAACUGCUAUAGCUGGAUUGCGUGGUAAAUCGUAUAUCUAAGAUUUGUUAGCAAAUUCCCUUAAAAGUUUAAUUUUUUAUUACGAAUGUUGGUGGCAUUUCGUCAAGUUGGAUCUUAUCGGUGAAUCUCGUAUGUCAGCGAUUUAUACGCCUCAGAAGAAGCCUCUUAAUGACCUCCUGGCACGCGUACAAGCUUUGGAUUCCGCUACUAAGGAGAAUCCAAAGAGAAAGCGUGAAGAGAGAGCUCAGGAUGUGAGCAAAAGGCUCAAUGAUAUGGAUAGUCCAAAGCAGCAGCCAACCGAGUUACCGGACGUGACGAUGGAUGAACCAGACUCAAAUGCUCCAGCUAUGCCAUAUGCAGAUCAUUCAGCCGCUUAUCCGACUAUUUUCAGGGCUACACCAAAGAAUCUUUCAGUUAAAGCACAUCCCCCAAACUCAAGUACACAUAUCUACAAAAGACCAAGCUUAGAUAACUCUUCCGAACAUUCACCAAACAUUCACCCAGAUACUCGUUCCGGAAAUCACGAUACAAAUGAUGACGACGUUAUUGUGAUCGAAAAUCUCACUCCUAAGAAACAAUACAUGCGGAAGCCAGAUUCAGCUUCUAAAGUAAGAGGUGGUAGAAUAUCGGAAGCCUACAAAAUGACACCAAGAAGAAAAAUAACACGCGAAAUGCUUAUGCCUAAUGGAGACGACGAGGAAUCUGUCAAUAAGGAGAAUGACAGUAAUUUGGAGGAAUCGAUAUUGUAA